AUCUGAUCAAUAUCUUCAUAAUGACGCUGUAUCGCAUUCCUCAUGCCAAAAUUACCGGUGGAAAGGGUUGAAUAAGUGAGGAGCCUGGCUCCAAGUCACCAUCGCAUCCCGCUAUUUCCAGCACCCAAAUGGCCAAUAAUCGGGCAUUCGGCCGACCGAUCUUAAUACCAUCAGAUUUCAGCCUGGUGGUGUCGUGCAGACGGGAUCUAGGCCGGCAUUGGGCCACAUCCUGGAUUUCCCAUGCCGUUCAUAUCCUAGCGAGCGGUGUAUGUAUAACAAUCGAAGGCAGUUGGGUAAAUUUCUGUCCAGCAAGGAACUUUCUCCCUGCUUUCCUGUGAUAUGAGAAUACCGAUUCAGCGAUGGUGUUGCCAGGGUGAUGAACACA